GCAGGCCUAUAGCAUGGUCUAGAGGUGCGUGUAGUGAGUGCAGCUGGGUUGAGGACGAGGCAAUGGUUUUAUGAAUGUUGUGCUAUGGGUGAUCUGCAGAUAAGGAGACAGUGGGAUUAGGUAGGAAAAAGGGAUCAAUAUAAAAGCAGAAUCCUCACAGAAUAAAUAGGAGUCUGGCAGCCACUAUACACAGCUUGUCAAGAGACACGAUGUUUGCUCCUGUGUUCAUGGCUGGUAUUUUAGGCCAUCUUGUUGGAUCAGCUGUACCUAUGUGUGUCCCAACAGAAUACACUUUCUAUGUUGAGAAACAAGAAUGUAACUACUGUGUGGCCAUCAACACCACAAUAUGCAUGGGCUUCUGUUUUUCGAGGGACAGUAACAUGAAAGAACUGGUGGGACAUCGUUUUCUAUUCCAGAGGAGCUGCACCUAUCAGGACUUGGAGUACCGUACAACAGUUUUGCCUGGCUGUGCUCUUCAUGCUGAUUCUUACUUCACCUAUCCAAUUGCUCUCAGCUGCCAUUGCAGCAUGUGUAACACACACAGUGAUGAGUGUGCCCACAAAACCAGAUUCAGUUCAGCCAAAUGCUCCAAACCAGUCCGGCAUUUGUAUCCCAGUCCCAGGGAGAUCGAUUACAUCUAAUCCAGCUUCUGUGAUACUUUUUAUAUUAGCUUUAUUUCAGUGUCAGAUUGGACACUUGAUGACUUUGUUUUGACCUGAUCUAUACAUGUAAUAAAAACUACGAAUGUAAUAAAAACCUGUCUGC